GUCACUAUGGCUGCAAGAGACGCGAGAUGCCAUUUGUUUCAGUAUUUGCUCUGAAACGAGGAAGAUUAACAGGAGAACGCAUCAGCUGCCUUCAUUCAGGAAACAACAUCCCUAGCUUAUAAAGUAAACAAGCGGCGCUCUUCCAAAAAAUUGAGAAGAUGUACCACAAAGAGAAAAGCAUUCAGUUAAAGAGCAGCGCGUCGGCGCUCUACAACAACCUGAGCGUCCUGCGCAUCGCGCCGCGCUGUCUCACCUAUUUCACGGUGGUGCACGCUAACGUGGUGAACAUGGUCAGCGCCUCUUGGGACGGGCUGAACUAUUCCCACCGACAGCUGCAGUCUAAAGAAGGCAACGUGGCCACCAGCUCCUCACUUAUCAUGCAGGCAGCCUGGUGUGUCCUGCCCUCAAGAGAUCUUCUUGUUCUCACCUCUCAGAAGGGAAUCCAGAUGUAUGAAUCGGAUGGAUCCAUUAUGGUCUAUUGGCAUGCACUGGACACACCAGAGACCCCGACUGCGAAGGCAGUGUUUGCUCGAGGAAUUGCAGCAGUGAGGGAAAAAUAUAUUUGUGUAGGGGUCUCAUCUGGCUCAGUGCUUGUGUUUGACGUUCCCAGUAAAGGCAGUAACAUCACCCUGUCUGAGGUUUUGGAGGAACACAAAGAGGCAAUCACAGACAUGGCCUCGGAGUGCUCAGGCAAUCUGGAGUGUAUUGCUGAUUUAGUUAGUGCUGAUGACUCUGGCCUCCUCUGUGUGUGGAAAUCAGGAGAAGAUUUUCAACUGCUCAACAAGAUUCCUGGUUUUGACACGUGUUGUUCUUCAGUAAAGCUCUGGAAGGGCACAGUCAUUGCAGGCUAUGGGACAGGACAGAUUCGUCUGUAUGAGGGGGUCACAGGUAUACUGCAUGCAGAGGUCAAUGCCCAUGCACGCUGGAUCUACUCACUGGACAUCGCCCCGUUCACCGGACUGCUGAUCUCUGCAGCAGAAGACUCCUGGGUUAGAGUGUGGCAUCUGAGCUUGACUCCAGAGACUAAUAGUGUAGAGAUUGAGCACAUGUACAAUGAGUGUGUGACUGAUACACAGAUCUGCGGAGCCAAGUUCUGUGACGGGGAUGGCUAUGCAUUUGCAGUAACUGGCUAUGACUUGAGUGAGAUCAUCCGCUACACGCAAGCCUAGUCAGGAAUACAGCAUACACUUCUAAGACAGUCCUAUUGGUCAUACGUGGAUCGCCUGCAGAAGGAAGGUCAUGUCAUGACAAUAUAUUGGUGUGCAAUCAUGAUAGGCAGUGUCACUACAUACCUAAAAAGCCACAUCUGAAUACAUGAUUGGUAGGUGUGCUAAGUACAAAAUACUCUUUUUGUGCUCUGAAAUUAAGGUAUAAUUAACAUAACAAAAAAUAACAUUGGUUAAACAGAACAUGUUCAGUAGACCCAAGCAUUAAUAUGAUAAAAUGUUACAAUGGGUUCUGUUAGUGUUUUGCUUCUGACAUAAUUUGUUUAGUAACUGUAUUUACUAAAGUGUUAUUAAACAAUUUUGUUACCUCAUUGAACAAUUUUUGAUUCACAAUUGAGUCAGAUCACAUGUAAUCAUAUUUGUGGUUCAGAAAACAAAACAUAUAAAAAAAGUAUUUAUUCAUUAUGAAUAUUAUGAAUAUUAAAUAGUGCAGAGGCUAUUUUUCCAAGCAGAAUUAUAAUGUUCUUUGUAUUUGUCUAGAAAUAAAUGCAUUGUAUGUAGAUCAUUAUUUCAACUUGAUGUUUAACCACAUAUUUUAUAUUUUGUGUUGUUGUCAUAUUUUCUGUUUCUUUGUAAACAAUUGUCUGUGACAAUUCAGCAACUAAAGAAGAGCUAAAUAAAUAAAUAAAAUAA